GCCUCUUUGGAGCUGCCCAAGUAGAGCCUGAGCCACAUUCCUAGGGUUGGGCUGUGUGCACAUAUCGAGGCACAACAGGCAGAGGACUUUGUGCCCUAUUCCAGACAGCAUCAGCAUGAAUGAGCGCAUGAACGAGCGCAUGAACACCACUGAAAUCCUCGAUGGUGUCCGCUUCCCAGGAUUCAUGCACACCCCGGAGUCCCUGAAAGCGGCUUGUUCUUUCCAGUUCCAAGACACAGACAUCCUCUUGGUAACAUUCCCCAAGUCAGGUACCACCUGGAUGCAGCAGGUUCUGAGUCUUAUCUUCUGUGAAGGUCACUUGUGGCCUAUUCACCACCUCCCCAACUGGGCCCGCAUGCCCUGGCUAGAGCAGUACUCCUUCAGCAGCCUCCUUUCCAAGCAGAACACUUCCUGGCCUCGUCUCCUCACCUCCCACCUGAAUGCCAAAGGGCUGUCCCCAGCUCUGAUGAAAUCCAAGGCCAAGGUGGUGUACAUGGCCCGGAACCCCAAGGACGUUCUGGUUUCCUACUACCAUUUUCACCGAAUAGCUGGCUUCCUGCCCAAUCCCAGCUCCUUUGAGGACUUUGUGGAUGAGUUUCUCGAGGGCACAGGCUUCUACGGCUCCUGGUUUGACCAUGUGAAGGGGUGGCUGGGCCUGCAGAAGGACCUAACUUUGCUUUUUGUCACCUAUGAGGAGCUGCACCAGGAACCUCGCCGUACCAUCCAGAAGUUAAGUGAAUUCCUGAGGCGCCCCCUGGGGCCAAAAGAAGAGGAUGUCAUACUGGAACACAGCAGCUUCUCCUUCAUGAGUCAGAGCAACAUGGUCAACUACAGCCUUUUGUCCAAGGAGAUCAUAGACCAGAGCCAGGGCAAGUUCCUCAGGAAAGGUGUUGUGGGGAACUGGAGGGAAUACUUUACUCCUGAGCUGAAUGAAAAGUUCAACGCUGUCUACCAGUCCAAGAUGGGUGACUCUGGCCUUUGCCUCCCCUGGACCAUGGACUGACCUAUCUAGCCUAUUCAUGUGGGCCUGUAUUACUGUGCUAUGCCCCUGGUCUAGCCUGUCUUCCUCCUAUUUUAUGUCCCUGGUCUAGCAAUAAAAGCCCAGAUCCAUGUGGUACAGA